AUGCCUGGUCAACAAAUAUCUCAACCCAAUCCUCCUCCGGAUCCUUCUCAUAUCCCAGACUCUAUGCUGGAUUACCAAGUGCAGCUCACCACAGCAGAAGUUCUAUCGCAAGAUGAGCUCAGUGAUAUCGAAAAGUUUAGACGAGCAGCAAACUACAUCGCAGCUGCAAUGAUAUUUCUCAAGUCUAACGUAUUUCUUGAGCGUGAUCUCACCUUCGACGAUAUCAAGCCACGUCUACUUGGCCAUUGGGGCACUUGCCCCGGUCUCGUACUUGUGUAUGCCCAUCUCAAUAGGAUUAUCCGUAAGACUGAUAUAGAGGCGGUACUGGUUGUUGGACCAGGCCAUGGCGCACCCGCCAUACUAUCCUGUCUUUGGCUCGAGGAUUCGAUUUCGCCAUUCUGGAGGCUCUACACACAGGAUCGUUCAGGACUCGAUCGCCUCGUCACGAAAUUCAGCGCGCCUGGAGGAUUUCCCAGCCACAUCAACGCAGAGACUCCAGGAAGUAUACACGAAGGUGGUGAGCUAGGCUACGCGUUAAGCGUAGCAUUCGGUGCCGUCAUGGAUCAUCCGGACUUAAUCGUGGCAUGCAUUGUGGGAGAUGGAGAAGCAGAGACCGGCCCAACUGCAACGGCAUGGCAUGGAUACAAGUACAUUGAUCCCGCAGAGUCGGGUGCCGUUUUGCCAAUUUUGCAUGUGAACGGUUUCAAGAUCUCAGAACGAACUAUCUAUGGCUGUAUGGAUAAUAAAGAGCUUAUUGCGCUGUUUAGUGGGUAUGGCUAUCAAGUAAGAAUUGUCGAAGACCUGGACAAUAUAGAUCAGGAUAUGGCAGCAUCUAUGGAAUGGGCAGUUGAUGAAAUUGGCCGUAUCCAGCGUGCGGCCCGCUCCGGCCAACCUAUCGUGAAGCCACGUUGGCCAGUGCUAAUCAUGCGCACACCCAAAGGAUGGUCAGGUCCAAAGCAAAUGCAUGGUGAAUUCAUUGAGGGUUCAUUCCAUUCCCACCAAGUGCCUCUGCCCGAUGCCAAGUCCUCAAGCGAGGAGUUGGCAGCAUUGCAAACAUGGCUUGCAUCGUACCGUCCAUACGAGCUAUUCCACUCCACAGGUGGUGAGGGAGAGAUCGAGGGCGCUCCUAUUGAAGACGUCAUGAGGGUGGUUCCCGAGAAUCCAGAAAAACGAUUGGGACAGAGGAGGGAAGUUUACAAGUCAUUCAACCCCUUGAAGGUACCAGAAUGGACAACGUACGGAGUAAAGCAGGGAACGCAAAUGAGUUGUAUGAAGUCAGUGGGCGAAUUUUUAAAGGAAGUUAUUAAAGAAAAUCCGAAGUCGUUUAGAAUUUUCUCGCCCGACGAGCUGGUGUCCAACAAGCUGGACGCUGUACUAGACCAUAGUGGACGUAAUUUUCAAUGGGAUGUUGCCUCACGCGCCAAUGGCGGGCGCGUGAUUGAAAUUCUAUCUGAACACACUUGCCAAGGGAUGCUUCAAGGCUAUACGCUUACAGGGCGCACAGCGUUCUUCCCUAGCUACGAGGCAUUUUUAGGCAUUGUUCACACGAUGAUGGUACAAUAUAGCAAAUUCGUAAAAAUGGCCCGUCAGACGGAUUGGCGCCAUGAUUUUGGGUCUGUCAAUUAUCUCGAGACAUCUACCUGGGCACGACAGGAGCACAAUGGCUUUUCUCACCAAAAUCCGUCAUUUAUUGGGGCGAUACUCAACUUGAAACCGACACUUGCUCGUGUGUAUCUUCCCCCUGACGCGAAUUGCUUCCUCUCAACUGUCGCUCAUUGCCUGCGCGCGAAGAACUAUGUGAAUCUAAUGGUGGGCAGUAAACAGCCCUCGCCUGUAUGGCUUUCUCCUGAAGAGGCAGAUAGGCAUUGUGUUGCUGGUGCAUCAGUGUGGAAAUUUGCGAGCGUCGAUGACGGCGUAGAUCCUGAUGUAGUUAUCGUUGGUAUUGGCGUCGAAGUGACCUUCGAAGUGAUCGCAGCCGCAGCGCUAUUGCGCAAGCUAGUGCCUAACUUGCGCGUACGCGUCGUGAAUGUCACCGACUUGAUGGUUCUUGGGCCGCAUGGAUCACAUCCUCAUGCACUGAGCGACCCAGAUUUUAACACGUUGUUCACUCCUGACAAGCAUAUUCAUAUUAACUAUCAUGGCUAUCCUAUCGAAGUGAAGGGACUGUUGUUUGGCAGACCUGGCGUUGGCAGAAUUACGAUCGAAGGCUAUAGGGAAGAGGGAACUACAACUUCACCUUUUGAUAUGAUGUUGUGUAACCAUACAUCCAGGUAUCAUGUUGCUGCUGCAGCUCUGCGUGGAGGUGCUUUGCAAAAUCCGAAGGUCUCGGCUGAUGCACAUGAAAAGGCAACCUUCAUUAUGCAUAUUGCUCAGAAGGACAAGGAGUACAUUUACCAGAAUGGCAAAGAUCCUAAUGAUACGUUCAACACGCCUACAUUUGAUUGA